AUGAAAGAAUCCGUGGAUGUUGAAAUGAAGGAAGCGUCAACUUCUGAAGUGACAAAGCCAGAAGAGGCAGAGAAAGAAGAAGAGAAAAAGGAUCCCGAGCUUUUGACUUUAGAAGAUAUCAGAGAACAUGUUCGUCACAUUGAGAAAGCUGUGUCAACUAAAGAGCCCCGGUUCAUGUCUCGAGUCAUUCGGGCGCUGGUUAAUGUACGAAGAAAGUUGAAUCCACGAGUACUGUGCUCGCUCAUGAAAGGCUACUUUACUGCACCAAAUGUGUUGAACAGGGAGGAGCUGUUACCUUUUCUGGCAGAUGGCCAGAGUGAGGGGGGUAUGAAUGGAGUCUCUGGUGUCUUUCGUCCUCGCUCAGGCAAACUGGCUCAGAUUCCUAUCGUCCCAGAAAUUGAGAUUUACAUCCAUUUGCUUGUUCUGAUUUACCUGAUUGACACAAAACAGUUUGAGAGGGCAGUGGAGUGUUCAGAGCUGCUUAUGAAAAAGUUGACUGUACAAAAUAGACGUACAAUGGACAUGUUGUCUGCCAAGUGCUACUUCUACUACUCAAGGGCAUAUGAACUAACAAACAGACUGGAUGUCAUACGGACGCUCCUCCAUGCUAGACUUCGAACUGCAACCUUGCACUCAGAUUGUGAAGGGCAGGCCACUCUGUUGAACCUGCUGCUAAGGAACUACCUUCACUACAACCUGUAUGAACAGGCAGAUAAGCUGGUGUCCAAAUCAGCUUUUCCUGAAAGUGCAUCUAACAAUGAAUGGGCCAGAUUCUUGUACUAUUUAGGUCGUAUUAAGGCUGCCCAGUUGGAGUACUCUGAAGCCCACAAGCACUUACUACAGGCUAUGAGGAAAGCCCCCCAGCACAGUGCUGUAGGCUUUAAACAGAUGGUUCAGAAACUGGCCAUUACUGUGGAGUUACUGCUUGGAGAGAUCCCUGAUAGGUCUGUGUUCAGACAGCCAUCCAUGAGGAAAACCCUGGCUCCCUACUUCCAGCUGACACAAGCAGUGAGAGGAGGCAACCUGCAGAAGUUCAGCGAAACACUGGCCAAAUAUGGCAGCAAAUUUCAGUCCGAGAACACCUACACACUGAUUGUCCGCUUGCGCCAUAACGUCAUCAAGACUGGCGUGAGGAUGAUCAGUCUCAGCUAUUCACGCAUCUCCCUCCAGGACAUCGCCUACAGGCUCACCUUGGACAGUCCAGAAGAUGCAGAGUUCAUUGUAGCUAAGGCAAUUCGCGAUGGUGUCAUCGAAGCGACAAUAGACCACGAGAAUGGCUACGUCCAGUCCAAGGAGACCGGGGAUGUCUACAGCACCAAGGAACCGAUGGAUGCUUUCCACCAGAGAAUCAGUUUCUGUCUGGACAUUCAUAACCAGUCUGUGAAGGCCAUGCGUUUCCCACCAAAGUCAUACAACAAGGACUUGGAGUCUGCAGAGGAGAGGAGAGAGCGAGAGCAGCAGGAACUGGAAAGUGCCAAGGAAAUCGCAGAGGAAGACUUUGAUGGAUUUCCUUGA